AUAUGAUUAAAUGUUUACGUUUAGAAUUUUAACAUUUUUUUUUCAAAAAAAAUCCUUAUUUUUUCAAGAAAAAUUAAUCAUGACAAUUUCGGACACCGAUUGAAAAACCAACAAGAAAAUAAUUAUGGAACCAAAAUCAAUAGAUUGUCCACGAAUAAAAUCCAAAUUACAUACAACAACAAUAUCGACAGCAUAUAAUAUUAUAUUACAAAUUGGUCUUCGUUUAUUUAGUUUUAUAAUCAAUGCAUUUAUUCUUCGAUUCAUCACUAAAGAAACACUUGGUAUAAUCAAUGUACGAUUAUUAUUAUUAUAUACGACCAUACAAUUUAUUACAAGAGAACCAUUUCGACGAACAUGUGCACCAAACAAUUCAAUCGAUGAUGAUAAUCAUGAUGAUGGUGAUGAAACGAAGAAAUCAAAAAAUCAACAAAAUGAUUGGUCAAAAGUUGUGAAUAUAACAUUCCUAUCGAUACCAUUAUCAUUUGUAACUGGUCUUACAUUUUCAAUUAUAUGGUAUAAAUUUUUUGAAAGACCUGAACAUUUACUUUAUGAAUAUCAAUGGGCAAUUAUGUCGAUAUAUGUUUCAGUGAUUAUCGAAUCAAUGGCCGAAACAUUUUUCAUUUAUGGACAACGAUAUGAUUAUAUUCGAUUAAAAGUAAUUGUCGAAGGAAUCUUUCAAACUGUUCGUUGUUCAUUAUUAGCAUUAUUUGUUUAUAUUUCACCUGAACAUUCUGUAUUUGGUUUUGCAAUAGCUCAAUUGAUUGCUUCAACAAUUUAUUCACUUACAUAUUUUAGUUAUUUUUUAUUUAAAAAGAAAAUACCAAUGACAACAUUUUUACCGAAUUUUCUUAGUGAUAAAGAUGAUAAUAAUGAAUCGUCGUCGUCAUCAUCAUCAUCAUCAUCAUCAUUGUUGGAAACAUCAUUAACAUUUUUCUAUAAUUCAUUAUUGAAACAAUUUCUUACUGAAGGUGAACGUUAUAUAAUGACAAUGUUUUCGGUAAUUAGUUUUGCUGAACAAGGUGUUUAUGAUGUAAUCAAUAAUCUUGGUUCAUUACCGGCAAGAAUUAUAUUUCAACAAAUUGAAGAAAAUGGUUAUAUUUUAUUUUCAAGCCUUAUCAAACGUGAUCUAGAUACUAGUCAACAGAUAACAAAAAUUCUAAAAUCAUUAUCAAUUUGUUCAAAUCUAACAAAAUUAAUGGCCAUAAUUGGUUUAACAUUAUUUACAUAUGGAUAUCAUGGUGCAUCCAUUGUAUUAUCCGUUUAUGGUGGUCAAAAUUUUAUCAAUGGAUCAUUUGGACAAUUAGCCAUUCAUCUAUUUCAAUGGCAUUGUAUUUAUAUGAUAUUUAUUGCUAUCAAUGGUAUAUUAGAAUCAUAUUCAUUUGCAGUAAUGAAUACACGGCAAUUAAAUCGAUUCAAUACAAAUCUAUUAAUAAUAUCAAUUAUUUUUACAAUAAUUUCAUUGAUAAUUAUAUCAUAUGUUGGUAGUGUUGGUUUUAUUAUGGCUAAUUGUUUGAAUAUGAUGACCAGAAUUAUUGUCAGUUUAUUAUUUAUUGGAAAUAUUUAUCCAAAUUAUUCAUUAUGGAUAUUCAUACGACAAACACGACCAAAUUUUCAUACAAUCAUAUCAUAUGUACUAAUAUUUAUUGGUCUUUCAAUUGUAUAUCGUUGGUUAGGAUUAGCCGAUAUAUUUCUAUGGUCAAAUGCAAUUUUAUUCAUCAUAAUCAAUGUAAUAAUAAUUAUUUGUCAUUUUAUAAUAAUUAUUUAUUUUUUUGAAAAAGAAUUAUGUUUAUUUGUACGAAAUGAAUUAUUAUUUUUCAAAUCUUUAAAAAAUAAACAAAAUUAA